AUGAUAUCUUCACCAAAUACUCCAGACUCAAGUAGUAGCUCUCGAUUACUUAGAGAAGAAAUGGAAGCCGAGGAAAUGCUCUUUGAUAGCUUCUCUAGCAGUUCCAGUACUAAUAAAAUUAAAAAUAUAAACAAAGCCCCGCCAGCUGCUCCAACCUCCGCACUCACCGCCGAGGCCUCCGAUCUAAACGACCCGGAUGAUGCUGAAACCGGGUCCUCUGACGGGUUCCUUCUUGUCAAACCCCACCGUAAUCGGAACCGUCAUCAUACCCCACAUAUCCCCCUAUCAAUGCGCUCCGCAGAUCCUCCGUCAGAAAACGGUAACACCAGUAGUAGUAGCAAUAACAAUAACAACAACAACAACAACAACAACAACAACAACAACAACAACAACAACAACAACAACAACAACAACAAUACAAGUAGUACUGGUACUAACAGUAGCAGCAGCGAAGCAGAUGACGAAGCUAUUACUCGGACGGUUUUGCGGCGCAAGCAACAACAGAGACUGGAGCGCAGCAGUAGCGGCAGUAGUAGCAGUAACAACAGUAGCAAACGAAGCCAGCAAAGCCAGCAAAACCAGGAGCAGGGGAAAACUAGCUCGUCACUGAAAAGUAACUCUGCAUUUGCCGUAUUGGAACUCGAUGACUCGGAUCCAAAUAACUUGUCGUCUUCCAGCUCUCAAUCUCACCAAUUGACUGAGUCCCGGUCUAAACUGCAAGACCUUGAUCAACAAUCGCAUCAAACCCCUCAAACAAUAAUUAAACGUCGACGCAAACCGAAAUCCACAUCCGCACCCCAGCGCGCUCGUUUAAAACCGUUGUUAUCGGCACUACCUGGGAAAAAGACUUCAGCGCGCGAUUUAUUUACUUCUGGUGGAGAAGUCACCGUAACUGCAAAGCUUAACAUUGAACCAGCAAAUAUUGCAGAAGCUAUUCUUUUGCUUGCUCCAUUCCUUUACGCUAUCUAUAUCCAUACCCGCGGUGCAAAGUUUUAUGCAGCCAAAGAUGACUUUGAUCAAACUUACUCGCUACUCAAUUUGGCCGAUAAUUCUACAGGACUUUCACACUUGUUCCACUUGCGAGCGUUCCCGCAAUAUAACUCGGCAUUUUUCAUCUGGCUUACUCUUCUCAUCUUUGUCCUGGUAAUCGGGACCCAUAGGGAAGCCUCCAUUCUGCGCAAACCACCCAGCGCCUUUGUUGCAGUCUUCAACUCCUUUUUCCCCCACAUUCUCUACGCUGCUAUUCUUCCUCCCCUCAUAUCCCUCGCAACAAACCCUCAACACCUUGCCUUUUUCCACACAAACUUGCUUUCUGUUCUUGCAUAUAUCCCCUUCUCAGGGCCAGAGAUUCAUAUCCUCUCGCAGCUCCCUCUACCAAUUACCCAUGCCGUCUCGCUUCGUAGAAUUCUUUGCGCCCUCGUCGAGCCCACCCUCUCCGGAGUCAUGGACCACGUUCUUGCAAUUCAAGAUGUCCUUGCUCUUGUUGCUCAAAACUCACUCUCCCAAGUUGAGGCCUUUUUACUUGCAACUUUGCUCGUCAAUCUUUUCUACUUUGCCUCUUUUAACACCCUCAAAUCCCCCUGGCAUGACCCAGCCCUCACUACAUCAACAAAUUUCCCCAACCUACCAGACAAAAUCAAAACCCAGCUCUAUGUCGCUGGUGUCCCAGCAGUUAUUCUCAAAGCCCUCAUCUUUGGUGGGUGUCUCAUUGCAAUCUACCCCACCCUCCCCCUCGUCUUCAAAAUCAUGAAGACAGAAAAACUUAACGCAGCAAGACCAUUGUCUCAAGAAGACAAGGCGCGCGUCACUAGGUCUCAGCUCAAGGAUGCAAACAAGGCCUUGGUCAUUUACAUUGUUGCUGCCAUUGCAUCUGUCCUCGGACUUUUCCUCUACAUUGAUCUCCCCUGA